GUCAUGUUCCCAGGACCGUAGCCAUUUUGGCUCAAGCCAUUUGGGCUCGGUGGCGCCUUGCCCGCACCCGCUUCUUCGUGGAGGCAUCUCCUGCUUAGGGGCACCAGCGAGAGACCUCAGCCCUUGAUUUCCCAGCGAGAUGGGCUGCUCUAUUACCGAAUGUUGCAACCAUCCCAAUCGUGGGGCUUGCUUUCACCGUCUUGCCUCCGUCUUUUGAUGAUCUCGAGAAGAUGUUGCAGGUUUAUGCUCUGCUGUCAGGCUUGCUACUGUCGAUGGUUGGGGCUUGCAUCUUCGAGGACUUCGACAAGUUCAACAAGGCUACGGAGAUCUAUGGCGCCCUUUUUGGAUCGUUAGAGCUGUUAUUCCUGCUGGUAGUCAUCAUCGUCUGCCUUUACUUAUACUUAAUGAGGUUCGUUACGCAGGAAAAGAGGCAAGACCUUCUCGCCGAAAAGCAGGCUCACAGUUGGUGGGUGAGCGGUGGGAGGUGGAUCUUCGUUGGACUGCCGAUUCUCGUGCUGUACUCUUCCUGGCUGUUCCGAAUGGCUGUCACGAUGUAUUUCGAGUGCAAGUUUGAUACUUUAGGUGACGGUCCGUUCGACUAUGGUUGCAUGAAGCAUUGGUUGACGCUGCCCAUAGUUGCAUUCCUGGCGUUCACGACAAUACACAAGAGUUUCCACACAGCGGGAUGGGUUGAGGACCAGAACGGGCACAUGGCCAUACCAGAGUCCAUGUCCGAGGACAGCUGCUCAGAGGACUCCAGCUGAAAUGCAGCAAACCAUUUUCCAACCUGGAACAAUAUAAUGCAACAUUUUUCAACUAGCCAGCGCCUUGGCUAUUUUUUUGGCAACCCCAGAGGUGCCAUAACCUUGUUUGAAUUGCAGACGGUCCACGUUUUCACAUUUUUCGAACCGGGCCAUGUGCGUGCUGUGCUCUGCAUCGCAUCUGUAGCGGCAGUAGCGGGCUUGUGUGGUUGGAACCAUCGCCCCUACCUUUGACCCAUCAGCGUUGCGUUCUGCACGCAGAUGUCGGACUUUCUCCAGUGAUUCGUCACCCAGUCGAUAAAAGAAAUGGGACUACCGCCACGCUGAUAGGUGCGAUCACAAUGAUCCUUUUGAGCACUUGUGGUAUAGGGUUCCCGAACGGUGCGCUCCAUUCGCUGAUAUUUCGAUAAACUUUUUAAGCCACCGGGAACGCCCGCCAUCAAAGAGGGUAAGGGGACUACCGCCACGCUGAUAGGUGCGAUCACAAUGAUCCUUUUGAGCGCCUGUGGUAUAGGGGUCCCGAACGGUGUGCUCCAUUCGCUGAUAGUUCGAUAAACUUUUUAAGCCACCUGGAACGCCCGCCAUCAAAGAGGGUAAGGGAACUACCGCCACGCUGAUAGGUGCGAUCACUCUGAUCCUUCUGGGCACCUGUGGUAUACGGGUCCCGAACGGUGUGCUCCAAUCGCUGAUACUGUGAUCACCUUUCGAGCCACCAGGAACGCCCGCCAUUAGAGAGUGUAAGGGGGCUACCGCCACGCAGAUAGGUGCGAUCACUAUGAUCCUUUUGAGCACCUGUGGAAAAUAGGCCCUUGCGCGGUCCAGUUCACGGUCAUUGCUUGCCGGUGAGAGGCGCGGAGGUCGACUCGCCACCGUCUCCGUGGUAGCGG